GGAAAUUUCGCAGGAAUAACGGCCGAGAGAGCGUCGGGCAAGGCCGACCGGCAAGAGGAGAAGCGUCGUCGCACUGUUCCCCGCCGAGACAACGGUGCAGGGAGCUGCGUUGGAUUCGCCUCGACGACCGUCGUCCCGGACGGACGUUACGGCCGGACGAGAAAACUACCAAAUCGCCCGUUCCUCUGCCGUUAUUGCGCACCCGAGCGCUUAACCUGUAAUCCGCAAGUUCGUUACAAGGGUGCGAGGAGUUAGCAGCGGCCGAUGAUUCGGCGUGUGCACAUAGGCACGCGCGGGCAGCAGCGGGCGGAAGAGUAUUUUUGUUGCGGUCGACCAAGAGUGAGGCGCUUGUCGUCUUUGUAUUUUAUAGGGCCCGUCGCCCGUGCCGGACGCGGGCGGCGCGUCGCCCUGUAAAACAAGGCCCAAUAAAGUGACAGGCUAUUAAAUUCUCCUCGUUGUCAUUCACCCCCACACCCACGACCAUCCGUCUGUCGCUUUCUUUACUUGUGCUUGCCGCGAUCUUCGCGCUUAUUCGAUCAAUGGCACACUUUGCGCGGUCACGCACCGAGUGACGUCUUUGCGCGUGCAGGUGGUCAAUUUCAGGUUGAAGUGCGCGGAUCGCUCAACGCCCGUCGCCUCGGUCGCAGCGGCGAAAUCGCGUAGGCAGCAAGAAAGCGGCCCGUUCGGCCACGCGCACGCGCGAUACGCCGCCGUUGAAUCAUCGCACAGCGAGCGAGCGCAGAGGAGAGGGGACACGGCGACAUGCUAGCGCUCCAGGGCCUCGUCGACGCUCAGAUUGGUUACCGACGCGCCGCAGGUUCGACGCGCGCCUCGUUCUCCCUUUCUCGAGCCGACGGUAUUUCGUUAUCGGCGCCGACGAUGGCCGAGAGCAACGGGCGCAACGCGAACGGCGACUCGAAGGACAGGACCGACGGCGGCCUAGUGCAUCUGCAAAAUCGGAACCUCCAGUCGUUGGACCAGGACAUCCUCUACCAUCUGUCGCUCGGCACGCGAAGCCACGACCUCGUCGAGAUGUUUGGCGACGUGAAGUUCGUGUGCAUGGGCGGCUCGGCGAAGCGAAUGGAGCACUUCGCCGACUACGCGAUGAGUCAGCUCGCCGACGUUUUCCCGGCCGGCACCGUCGUGCAGGACUUGCAGGACCACUCGCACCGAUACUCCAUGUACAAAGUCGGCCCGGUACUCUCCAUAAGCCACGGCAUUGGCACGCCAUCCUUGCAGAUUCUCCUGCACGAGGUGAUCAAACUGAUGCAUUACGCCCGAGUCAAGGAUCCGGUGUUCGUACGAAUCGGCACCUCCGGCGGCAUCGGCGUCGAACCAGGCACGGUGGUCGUGUCGGAUGGCGCCGUCAACGAACUGAUGGAGCCUUACCACGAACAGGCGGUGUGCGGUAAGAUGGUCAAGCGAUCGACCAAAUUGAAUCAAGAUCUGGCUCGCGAGAUAAGAGAUCUUCGGCGACAGAGCGACGAGUUUCAAGUGGUCAACGCCAAGACUAUGUGCGCGAUGGACUUUUACGAAGGCCAAGGCCGACUGGACGGUGCCUUUUGCUACCACACGGAAGAGGAUAAGGUGCAGUACCUGCGGGAGCUUCACAAAGCCGGUGUUCGAAACAUCGAGAUGGAAGCCACGUGUUUCGCCGCCGUCACUCAUCUGGCCAGCAUCAGAUCGGCCAUCGUGUGCGUCACUUUUCUCGAUCGAUUCAAGGGCGAUCAGGUUUGCCCGCCGAAAAGUGUGCUGAGCCAGUGGGAGGUGAGGCCGCAAGAAAUCGUUUGUCGCUUUAUAAGACGGCAUCUACAGUCAAGAACAAAUUAAUCUUUUCUUUGCUUACAUUAUUCUUUUAUACUUAAAAGACUAAUCGCGCGAGUCUAGAUAUAUGAAUUGUAGAAAUGAAGGCACAAUAAAUGUGUUAAUUUUAUUUAAAGAUUUAUUAUGAUUUAUGUGAACAAA